GCGCAGCCCUGCUGAAUCCACAUCCGGGUCCUGCGCUGCUGCUGGUGUGCAGAGAUUCGGUCCCGAACACAGCGGACCAAAACAGCGGUCAAACCGACACUUUCCACUUUCCAUUGAUAUUCAGGACGCAGAAUAAAUGGGAAUGAUGCAUCCCUGGUUUAAACAGAUAAGGGUGAUCCUCUCGUUCACAGACUGAAUGCAGAGCAAAACAAUCCGCCAGCCUGUCUCUCUCUCACCACCGACGCGCUCAGUUUAUAUCUCUCUCUUUCUUUUCGUCCUUUUCUUUUAUCUGUUUUUUACCUCCUCCACUACAAAACUCUCCAGGACUUAUUUUUAGGGGAUUCCUAAGCAGCAGAGAUGGGUGCAUUUCUCGAUAAGCCAAAGAUGGAGAAACAUAACGCACAUGGGGAUGGCAACGGCCUGCGCUACGGCUUGAGCAGCAUGCAAGGCUGGCGUGUAGAGAUGGAGGAUGCGCAUACCGCUGUCAUCGGUCUGCCCAAUGGCCUGGACCCCUGGUCGUUCUUUGCUGUUUAUGACGGGCAUGCGGGAUCGCAGGUCGCACGUUACUGCUGCGAGCACCUCCUGGAGCACAUCACCAGCAACCCUGACUUCCAGGGUGGAGGCGGAGGAGGGGGUCCAGCCAUGGAGCCCAGCGUGGACAGCGUGAAAUCCGGAAUCCGUACGGGUUUCCUGCAGAUCGAUGAUCACAUGCGGCAGAUCUCGGAGAAGAAGCACGGUGGCUCCGACCGCAGUGGCUCGACGGCCGUCGGUGUGAUGAUCUCACCCCGCCACAUCUAUUUUAUCAACUGCGGAGAUUCGCGGGGGUUGCUGAGUCGCGGAGGGGCUGUGCACUUCUUCACACAGGACCACAAACCCAGCAACCCCCUGGAGAAGGAGAGGAUCCAGAACGCUGGAGGAUCUGUGAUGAUUCAACGUGUCAAUGGGUCCCUGGCGGUGUCCAGGGCUCUGGGGGACUUUGACUAUAAGUGUGUUCAUGGUAAGGGUCCCACGGAGCAGCUGGUGUCGCCGGAGCCUGAGGUGUAUGCUAUCGAGCGGUCGGAGGCGGAGGAUGAGUUUAUUGUUCUUGCUUGCGAUGGGAUCUGGGAUGUGAUGGCCAAUGAGGAGCUGUGCGAUUUUGUUCGUUCACGACUUGAGGUGACUGACGAUCUGGAGAGGGUCUGCAAUGAAAUUGUAGAUACCUGUUUGUACAAGGGAAGUCGUGACAACAUGAGUGUUGUGUUGGUGUGUUUCGUCAGUGCACCGAAGGUUUCCCCUGAAGCUGUCAAAAGGGAAGCGGAGCUUGAUAAAUACCUAGAGGGCCGAGUAGAAGAGAUCCUGAAGAGGCAGGGGGACGAAGGUGUGCCUGACCUGGUACAUGUGAUGCGCACAUUAGCAUCUGAGAGCAUCCCCAACCUACCACCUGGAGGAGAGCUGGCCAGCAAGCGGAGUGUAAUUGAAGCAGUAUACAACAAACUUAACCCAUACAGGAACGAGGAUACAAGACUUGACUGAUAGUGUUGAAGAACUGACUGAAAAUCAGGACUCUGCAUCCACGGAUGACAUGUGGUAGCCCCGCCACUUUAAACACUGCACAGAGUUUACAACCCUCCAGAACCCUGCACAACAACCUUUCCUACAGGACCCGGCACCAGAAACCUGCACAAGAACCCUCAACUACUACAGGACCUGCACAAGAACCCUACCACAGCCCAGCUCAGCCACUCUGGACUGUUCGGAGGAAGCGGAGGAGGAAGAGGAAGGGAAUGAGGGCUCCCUCCCCUUGUUCACAUAAUGUUCCCUCUCAGUGCAAGGCAAUGGUACCUUCUGGAAAUUUUCUGCAUACUCUUUUGUCCUGAAUCACUCUCUUCCCAAAACCUUUUAUCCUUAACAUCACCCUCUUACAAAAUCCAACACUUUUUUUUUUUUUUUUUCCCAUUUAAAUAAUUUUUUUUUUUUUUGGUGUAAUUAAUUUGAUUCACAUUUCCUUGUGUGUUUGUAUAUUUCAGCUUUUAUUUCUGUGAAGUGCAAUUGUCUUGUACAAAGAAAAAGCCUGUAUCAAAUGCAGCUUGAGUUUUAAGUUUAUAAAAAAAAAAAAAAAGGCACACCUUUAUGCCCUGCCUGCUUUUGUUUCCUCUCCAACCGCUGAAGCCCAACACAUCUGCCUCUCAUCUGCCUCCCCAUUUUCUUUUCUUUCAAUUGAUGUCUGUCUGUCUUUCUUUUUCUUUCUUUUUUUUAAAAAACAACAAAAUAUAACUUUUUGUAUUGUUACUUUUUAAGUGAAACGGGUAAAUGACAUGGGCUCACAGCACAGUACAGUAAGCUUUUUUGUAAAUCUCACAGCACAGAUGACAGUAAUCAUUAUGUUCUCUCAGUACUACUGUUUUUUCUUUUUUCUGGUGGGGUGGGUCUUUUAUUUUUACCCCUUAUUUUUCUGAGGAAACUGCUUUAACUUACUUAAACUAAGCUGAAAUUGUGUGCAUGUUUGUGUGUGUGAGAAUGAGUGCCUCAGAUGAGAAAUCAGUGAUUUGUGUUUGUGUGUAUGUACUUCCAUGGUGCAAGGUGUGUGUGUGUGUGUCUGUUACCUGACGGGCUAAAACUGAUUCUCUUUUUUUAUCAUCAACACUAGAACUCUUCUCUACAGUGUUCUGCACUACCGCAGCUCUUGAUUUUUAGUUUAAGUUGGCCUGGGAGCAUCUUAGAGGUUCUCCUGGACUUGCUGGAAAUAAGGCAAUUGUUAAUAAGCACUCAGAACUGAGACAGGCCGUCUUAAGUGAGCGUAUGUGUUUGGUUUUCAAUGCAUAUUGUAUGAAUGGAUGUGUGAGAUUGCAUGUUUAUUGUGCUUAAAAUGAUGUGGGUUUUAAUGGGGAUAUUUAGGCUUUUGACACAAACAUAUAAGGCUUUAGUUAUAGCGCUCGCUCACCCAUCUGCACUGCUGAGAGAGUGAUGAGUGAAUUCAAGUUUAACACUCAACUCUCAGAUUUUUCUUCUUAUACCAUUCGCUUCAUCUUGUAUUGAUUUAUAUGUUAUCUGUUUCUUUUUUGCUUUUGUUUUUGGAUGUGUUGAAUUUUUUUUUUUUUUCCUCAAAGAACAAAUCCAGUGUGAUGCAGUGAGCUGGCCUGGUUUUGGGCGGAGCCUACAUGUGUUCCUCUGACCAAUAGGGAGCGCAACAGAUUACUGUUUGCUGCUAAAGUGUGUGAUUGAAUCAUUCGUUCAUUCAUUUGAAUGCUCUUAGUUUCCCCCCCAAUGCUGUAUGUAACAUAAUUCUGAAUUAAUUUAAUUGUUUUGUUUUCAGAGAGAUUGCCGCUUGUUCAUUUGUCCUAUGAUUGUCUGAAACGUGACAUGAUAAAAUCAAAACCCCUGCGUCCUUACCUCCUUACCUCCCCAAACUAAAUCUUUUAUGUAUGGAAUAGAUUAUAUGAACAGGAAUUCCCUUGCGUCUGAUAAAUAUAAGCUAGCUUUUUGUCUAAUCCCGUAUAUUUGCAUACUUAAAAAAGGGUAGGUAAAACGAUCACUUCUUUGAGUCUUUUUCGUGAACCUCACAGGGUGAUUUAAUAAACUUUUAAAACUAAUAUUGUAACAAAAUGACAAUCUAACAGUGUAUAGCUAAUGUAAACGGAAAGAAAUCUCCUUGUAUCCUCUAUGCUUUCGACUUGUGUCGUAACAUGGGCUUAAAGAUCGUUGUGUUUGUGUGUGGAUUGGUGAGCUGUGUGUUUUCCCCAGAGGAAGCUGGAAUAUUGUGUAAUAGGAGGAUUUACGAAAUGAAUCUAAAAUUAACAGGACAUUUUAGGAUGGUCUUAGAGGCCAGGAUGUUUUCAUGUGUCUUUUUAAGCUUUUUUGCAUCCGAAAAGCUGCGUGGAAUCACUUUAGGAAUGUAGACAUGAGGAACGACGACUUUUAAUAGGAUGCUGUUGGUUUGCUUAACCCUUGUUUUGGCUUUAUAAGGACUUUAAACUCUCAUGUGAAAAUUGACAAAUGACGUGACUCUGAGAUGUUUUUGCAAUGCAUUUUGAUGUAUUUAUGCAGUUUUGAAAUCCAUAAAUUGCUAUUAUAUAGGUUCCCCCUCAUCGUUUGUAAGACGUCCAGAUGGUUUUAGAUGGUCAAAUACUGAAUUUUUAGCUUCAAGAUAGUCAUAAGCACAGGUCCAUUAAGUGUGGAAAGGUUAAUGUCUUACAGUGAAACAUACAAGCCCAGUUAUAGGUGAUAGAGAUGUUUAUGAAUGUGUUUUUACUACGUUAUGUCUUGUCACUCAAGUUGACGAGGGCAUUUCGCAAGGAAUUUAAGUGACUCAUGAACAGUUGCAUUUGUUAAUUGCGCAUAGACUCGCUUUCUUUUGAUAAAUAUACCACAAACAGAUUUAUGCCCCGUAUUUUAGGUUUAUGCUCUGAAAUCCUAUUUCUGUGGUCGCUAGCUCUGUAGUGUUUGCUUGGUAGCUCAUUUUAGAUGAUUUAUCCGGACCUGCCUUCUAAUGUAUAAACCAAGUGAUUAAUGCAGCCUUAAUGCCUCCUGCAAAACCCCACCCUCAAACCUUUGGGCUUUACUCUGAUAUUACAGAGCUCUCUACACAAACACACCACAAUUUUGUGCUAAAGGGAACUAAAUUUCUAGCACGGUGUGUAAUCCAGUGGUUCGGCCUCACACAUUCUUAUAGACACACGUAUGGUAUUUUACUCUUGUGAAAUUCCACCUCCUACCCCAACAGGAUUAUUUUUGCUGAUUUCAGUCAUCUGCUGUCCUCAUAAGCUAAGCUAUUUUUGUUAAAUAAUUGAUAUGUAUAUUUGUAUUCAUUUAUAAAUAUGUACACAAAAUGAAGUGAGUAAUCAAGGAUAAUCUCUCCUCCCUGUAACCCACUGUGACCCACUGGUCAUCCUCUAACUGUUCCACUGUCCAUUUUUGUUGUUUUAAUCUUUUCAGACUGGAAAUAAACCUAUUUUAUUUGAAAA